CAACCGACGACUCACUACAUUGCUAUUUCACAUCUCAGCACGAUACAUUAUACAAUUAUCUUGAUCAAACCGCCACCGUGAUCGGACGCCCGGCCGCCGACGAUAGCCACAGGAUUCCGGUACCUUACUUUUCUUCUCAUAUGCUCAUAAUCAUCUCGAUUUGAAGUUAAUCUCGAAGAAAUUUCACACGAAUUCAGUGAUUGUUGAUCUCUGUAAUCUGACCAAGCUGAUUAACCAGGCUAAUAUGGGAACAGAUAGUGAGAAUUGGUAUUCAGCUUUAGAAUAUGAUCAAUGGGUUGCCCUCCCAGUAGCUGGAACACGACCAUCAGCCCGUUAUAAGCAUGCAGCAGUUGUCGUUGAUGAAAAGCUAUACAUUGUUGGUGGAAGUCGUAAUGGGCGAUACUUAUCUGAUGUUCAGGCAUUUGAUUUGAAGAAUUUAAGCUGGUCAACAUUUGCAUUAAGCACAAAGUCGGAUGCUGAAAAUGUUAACGAUAGUACACUAAUAGAAGUGUUUCCUGCUAUGUCUGGUCAUAGUAUGGUUAAUUGGGGAAACAAAGUUCUCUUACUUGGUGGUCACUCAAAAGAUACAUUCGAUAAUGUGACAGUGCGUUUUAUCGAUCUUGAAUCACAUGUGUGUGGGGUGAUGGAAGCCACAGGAAAAGUUCCGGUAGCUCGUGGUGGACAAUCUGUUACAUUGGUUGGUUCAAAACUGAUAAUGUUUGGCGGAGAGGACAAACAUAGACAUCUUAUGAAUGAUGUUCACGUUCUCGAUCUGGAGACGAUGACAUGGAAUGUUGCCGAGACUAUACAGACUCCUCCAGCUCCCAGAUUCGAUCAUACUGCCACAGUGCAUGCAAACCGAUACCUUCAAAUAUAUGGCGGAUGUACACAUUCAAUUUUCUUCAAUGAUCUCCAUGUGCUGGAUUUGGAGACAUUAGAAUGGUCCCAACCACAAGUUCAAGGUGACGUGGUAUCUCCUAGGGCAGGUCAUGCCGGGGUCUCUAUCGAUGAAAAAUGGUUUCUGGUUGGUGGUGGCGAUAAUAAAAACGGUGCUUCAGAGACAUUGGUGAUGGAUAUGCACAAGCUUGUUAUCUCGGUUUUGACGAAUGUAAAGGGAAGACACCCACUUGCCAGCGAGGGGCUCUCUGUGUCAUCAGCAUUCAUAGACGGCGAUCAGUUUUUGAUUGCUUUUGGGGGCUAUAAUGGAAAAUACAACAAUGAGGUAUAUGUGAUGAGACCUAAACCGACAGAUUCUAUUCAUCCGAAGAUCUUCCAGUCGCCAGCAGCUGCAGCGGCAGCAGCUUCUGUUGCUGCAGCAUAUGACUUUAAAAAUAUCGAUUCAAAACCUAAAGUGGAUCUUUCAGUUGAAAUUAAUGUGAUCAAAGAAGAGAAAAAAGCAUUGGAAUCGACCAUUAAAGAGGUUGAAUCAGAAAAUUCUCUGCUGAUGGAAAAACUUAAAGACCUUAAGGGUACUCAUGUUGACUUAUCCAAGGAAUUGCAUUCUGUUCAAAACCAACUCGCUUCUGAGAGAUCAAGAUGUGAUGAUCUAGAGGCGCAGAUCUUGGAUCUACAGAAGAAGCUAUCAUCGAUGCAGUCCAUUGAGCAACAGGUUCAAACACUUCGUUCACAAAACUCCGUGAUCAAACAGGAUAUGGAACUCGCUUCAACUGCCCAAACGCAAGGUUCAGGUGGUGUUUGGAGGUGGAUAGCUGGAUAGAUUUGGUGAAAAUGGUUCAAACUUUAUUACCUAAAGACUAAAUAUUUCAUUAUUAUACAAACAAAUAUUCCCCAAUAGGCCAAUAUACUUCUUUCCUUAAUUGCUUCACAGUAUAAGAAACAUCAAACAUCUUCUUCUCCAUUUUGUUACCAUGUGAUGGUAAUUUUACUUUUUGAAUUUUAAUAUUUCAUUGUUUUUUCGGCGGGUUACAACUCUAUUCAUUCGAUUAUUAUUGAUAGUAUUCAAUUAA